AGAAACUUUUAAGUAAAACAGACUCAGAUAUUAACAAUAAUAGCUUUGAGGAUAAAGUAGAUUUUAUAGAUCAAAUAGAUUAUAUGAAUGAAAUAGAUUAUGAAGAUAUGUCAGAAACAGAAGCAUCUACAUCCACUCUUACUAAAAAACCAAGUAUUGUACAAAAGAACUUACCCAAGAGAAAAAAGGUGGAUCACAAGUUAGAAGCUGAGUUUGGAAAUAUUUUGAUAGACUUACACCUCUACCAGAUAAAGCUGCACAUGGAAAAU